UUGUUUCAAGGAUGCUUAAUUAAUGAAUUUUAUUCCACACUUUUUUUAGCAAAGGAGAAACCAGUGUUUGCUAAGGGCAGUGAGCUUGCAGUGGAUGAAAGCAUGCGCAGUUUGGAAAUUUCUGAUGGUGUUCCUGUUGCCAUUGCUGAAGUUAGCAACACAAGGCUUAGAGGAAGAAAAAUGAUGCUGAUGAAAAGGGUUUUGAGGGAAAAGAUGAAAGAGGAACCUUUAAACAAAGAAAACUCGAAGAUUUCAGGAAAGAGAACAUACGCUUCAAAGAAGCACCACCAGUCCUCACAAGAGAGCUUAAAAGACCAGAACGAAAGUAGACUGUUGAAGGCGAAGUCAGGGAGUGCCAGAAGCCAGCAAGCUCCUGCCAAGAGGCCCAACCAAGCAAGCUAUCAAUAUUCCAAACCAGUUUCAACUACAACAGGCAGCCGCUUGGAAUGUUCGUCAAGGUCAACAAUUCCAAAUCCCCAGGAAUUUGAUAGUUCAUCUCAGAAUCUUGAAUCCCAAAAGCUUCUUGACAAGGCUGCCACGGAAAUUGUGAACUUGAUGAAUAAAGACUAUCCAGGAGGGGGAGGUCCCCGUCACAAGCCUCCAAUCAACAAUGACCAGCCUAUGAGUGAUCAACAACAUUAUCCGAGACCAUAAACCUGUUGUUGUUCCAAAAAAUGUUGACCCCAUAGGAAAGAAAAUCCUCAACCUUUAUACGCAACCACUAAUUUUUCUCUUUUUUCUUUUGCUGGAUUUUUUGAUUUCCCGUUUUUCUGGUGGCUGCGUCGCAAAUGAAGCAAUAAUUAACUUCCACUUGUGUUA